UGCUUGCAAGGCAGGCAGGAUGAUGGUGAGCUGUGUGUUGGCAUGGCGGCUGCACUGGGGUCUCCUGCUGCUUGGCACAGUCCUACUGUACAGCCACCCAGUGUCCACUGGCAACCAAAGCUCUGGGGCCCUGACAGGUUCAGCCCAGGAGAGAACUGGCACCUGUGAGGUGGUGGCUGCCCAUCGCUGCUGCAACAGGAACAAGAUUGAGGAGCGUUCUCAGACAGUCAAAUGUUCCUGCUUCCCUGGCCAGGUUGCUGGUACAACCAGGGCUCAGCCCUCCUGUGUGGAAGCAUCCAUAGUGCAUCAGAAGUGGUGGUGUAGGAUGGAGCCGUGUUUGGAAGAAGAAGAGUGCAGGGUUCUUCCUGAUCUCACUGGUUGGUCCUGCAUCUCUGGGAACAAAGUCAAGACCACCAAGGUUGCACGAUAGCAAUAGUCCAUCUCAGCCUUCAGUCUGCUGUCCUCCCCUGACCCACAGCUGUCUUUGUCUUCCCUGAAGAGAACUGUCAUCCCAGUGCUCAUGGAAAACAUAAGAACCUGGAGAAGCUUCGUCUGGUGACAGAAACAACUGAAGGGCAGGAUUCACUAAAGGAAUUAGUUCUUAUUUCACACACACCACUGUGAAUGGGAUUUAGCUUUGCAGAUAUUUGUAAUAUUACGAAGUACUGUUUAAGAUGUAGUUCAUCUGAGUCAUCUGAAUGAAAUAACGGACUGCCUAUGAAAAUCUUCCUACAAAAGACAUGUCUUCGAUGGAAUGCAGGAAGUGUAGAAAGGACACGUGCACCGGGACAGAACAAUACUUUUGGAAGAAACCAGAUAUACAUGUAUUACCCUAAAACACAAACAAACACACACACACACACAGCUUUCAUCUCUACCGGUUAGACAAGCCACCACCUGCAAGGCUGCGAUGGCAUGCAAAUAAACAUGGAACUCAGAUGCAAAACAAGGGCUGUUUGAAAUGCUAAUCACGAGAUGAGGAGAAGAGGAGCCCCUUCACUGCUGAGAGUAUUUAUAUUACGCUUUUGUUUGUCUUUCUAAACUGAAGUCUCCUGUGGAGAGGACCUCAGUAAUAGUAAUGAUGGGAAAUGGUGCAGAAUUGUCUGUGCCUAGAAGCAAAUUGUAGCUACAAGCAAAAUGACAAACUGUAUUGUCAUUCUUCCUCCUUUAUUCCAAUGACCACUUUGUGUGCAACCACAAUAUUUGUCACUCUUAGACUUGGCCUAUAAAUGUUGGCAGAUUUAGUUUGUGACUUUAUGAUUGGAUAGCUGAAAUGUGUCAAUGAUAAAAGCACAAAUACUGAUGAAAGCCAAUCACUGCCCAUAUCAGAAGGAACUUUAACAUAACACAUUGGCAACCACAUUAUAACAGUUGGUGGAAGCUGACUGAAAACCAUUCUUGCUUACCAUUGGCAAUUAUAAUAGAUUUUUAAGAACAGUACAGUGUUAAUAAAGAGAGAAACAAACUCAUGGAUUUCAACUUUGAUACUGAGUGAUUUUCAGAAUCAUACUGCAUCUUUACGUUAAAGAUAUUACCAUACGUAUGUAUGCAUGUCAAAUACAAAGUGUAUUUGUUCCUGUUGUCAUGUUUCUAUGUGUAUAUAAGGGAAUUAAGAAAAUAAUAUUUUAUAUUGCAGUCAGCUACUGCUGUAAUAGGCUGAAUGCAAUUUGGUCAUGGCUCAAAGGUUUGCUCAAUUUGUUCCAUUUGU